CAGUAAGGUAGGGAAGGUGGGAAGGUUGUAUCGUCGAAUCGAGUUCCGCUGACACACAACUUUGAAGAGCCCCAACGCAUUGAUGUCACUCCGAUCCUUGGACCUUGGGGCAAUUGCGGAACUGGAAUCCUAAUCCUUGCAGAAAACAUUCACCGACCAUUUCCUUCUCUCGUUCCCUCGUUCCCAAGCGACCCUUUGCCUUUGGAGCCCUUUGGUGCUACCUUACUACGAGUAGUUACCUAGAGGCUAGCUCCCAGUCCACAAACCACAGAUCCAGCACCGGCUCGGCACCACCACCGGCCCCAAUACGCUCGCCCGCCUCUUCAAAGGUUGCGAGCCACAGCACCUCCAAUCUCUCUCGUCGCAAUUGUUUGACCAACGAGUCAGCCUUGCUGUGACAAAUUUUCCUAUCAUGGUUCAGCCUGGCAUUGCUCCAACAAACUGAUACUCGGCAUUUCUAUCCCCAUCACCGUCUUUUCCGUCCCGAAUCUCCUCCUUCCGUCUCUACCCGCCGGCAACAUUUGCGACCUACCUACACAGUAAACUCGAGACGACUGCAACCUCUCGUCACAUCAAAACAACAACAUCAACGAGAUCAGUGUUGCGCCCUGUGUAUACCCAUACGCAUAGUCCCAGAGGAUCUCCAUAUCGAUCUAAAUCCCAAGAUCCAGUCUCGCUUAAGCUCACCCCCGCCAAUCUCAUCCGAGCAUCUCUCCAGCGCUCUUCCUCUCUUCCACCCUCUCUGCCGCCCCUCGCUGCAUGAACCUGUAACGUCAUCUUGUUUGGGGGCACGAAAAAAUGUCAGGUAGCCGACCACAACCGAGUCGCAGUCCUUCUUCGCAAACAACGCAAACAACGCAAACAACACAGACAACACAUCGCCCAGCGAAUCCCAGCGGUUUGCGCCAGAGCUACACCAUGGGCUCUCCCAUCCAAUCCCCAAGCUCUCUCGGCGGCGAGUCUGAAUACCUGAGCACUCGCGAGGAUGCCACUCCGCUAGCAACCCCUCUUCCUCACGACAACGAAACUCGCGAUCCUCCUCGCGCCGGUUCCAGCCUCAACCGACCCAACACAUUUCCCCCGAGCGAGUCGACGAGCCUCUUGCAAAAUGUUCUCAUCGACCACCCGCCAGCUAACAGCUACCCGAAUGGUACAUUCUCGCCGCGACCCGCCAGCCCUGCUGGUAGCAUGGAUCCCGAAUUUGACAGAGCAUCCUCCUCGGCGUCCGAGAUCCCAAUCUUGGACCCUAUGCUGACCGCAAUCACGGGCGACGACCACUGGAGGAAGCGAUUUGUCAGGAAGAUCAAGAGCAGGAAGAUGCACUCCUCGAGAACUUUGGCAGAGCAGGCUGGCUUCAAGGAUACCGUUUGGAUGUACCUUUCGUAUUACAUCCCUCUCUUGACUUGGCUGCCGCAGUACCAAUGGUCGUAUCUGAAGGGAGACCUUGUUGCAGCUUUGACGCUCGCCUCCCUCUACCUCCCUAUGGCUUUGUCUCUCGCCGACAACCUCGCACAUGUCCCUCCGAUCAAUGGACUGUAUGCCUUCGUCUUCAACCCGUUCGUAUACGCCGUUUUCGGCAGCGCACCCCAGAUGGUAGUUGGCCCGGAAGCUGCUGGUUCUUUGCUGGUCGGGUCUGUGGUCAGAGGCAGCAUUGACCAUGACAAGAGCGAUGAGUACAAUGCAGAGGUCCAAGCUAAGAUCUGUGGUGUUGUUGCGGGUAUGGCUGGUGCUACUGUCUUUCUUGCGGGUCUGGCCCGCCUGGGCUUCCUCGACAGCGUUCUCAGCAAGCCGUUCCUGCGCGGUUUCAUCUCUGCAAUUGGCUUUGUUAUUGCGGUUGACCAGUCUAUCCCCGAGCUUGGUCUUGCCAAGUACGCGGCAGAAAUGGGCGUGGGCCAUGGAAGCAGCAUGGACAAGCUAGAGUUCAUCUUUAGCUCAUUCGACCAUGUUCACAAGCUUACCUUCAUUGUGGCCGGAGUCAGCUUCGUAAUCAUGAUGACUAUGAGAGAGCUCAAGAAACACAUGGUGCCCAAGUACCCCGGGGUUGCGUACAUUCCUGAUCGUUUCUUCGUUGUCGUCAUUGCCGCAAUUCUCUCUUGGCACUUCGACUGGGAGAGCAAGGGAGUUGAGAUUCUCGGGCCGGUUAAGGCCGCUUCGGGUCAUCUUUUCCAAUUCAGAUGGCCCUUCCAGACUUCUCACAUGGAGCAUGUUCGUGAAGCAAUGGGCACAUCCUUCCUAAUUGCGCUUCUGGGAUUCUUUGAAUCAUCCGUUGCCGCGAAAAGCUUGAGCAGCUCCGAUAGCCCCCACGGGAUUCAGCUGAGCCCCAACAGAGAACUUGUUGCUCUGGGCGCCGCCAACAUUGUUGGAGCUUGCUUCAUGAGCUUACCCGCGUUUGGCGGAUAUGGUAGGAGCAAACUGAACAAGCAGACCGGCGGCAAGACGCCAAUGAGCUCCAUCUUCCUCAGCUUGAUUACGCUUCUUGCCGUCUUCUUCCUGUUGCCGUACUUUUACUACCUUCCCAAACCUGUCCUGUCAUCCAUGAUUACCGUUGUCGCCUGGUCCCUCCUCGAGGAGGCUCCGCACGACAUUGCCUUCUUCUUCAAGAUUCGAGGCUGGACCGAACUGGGAUUGAUGCUCAUCAUCUUCGUGUCGACAAUUUUCUACUCGCUCACCCUCGGCAUGGCUAUCGGCGUUGGUCUGUCUCUGCUUCAGGUCAUCAAGCACUCGACUCGGCCCCGCAUUCAGAUUCUGGGACGCAUUCCCGGCACGCAGCGCUUCGAGAACGCCGAGCUCAACCCCGACAGGCUAGAGUUUGUCGAAGGCUGCCUGAUUGUCAAGAUUCCCGAACCUUUGACUUUUGCCAACACUGGAGAGCUCAAGGCACGUCUUCGUAGACUGGAGCUUUACGGCACGAGCAUGGCGCACCCUGCGCUGCCGAGACUGCGCGGCGAGCAACACAACAAGAAUGUCAUUUUCGAUAUCCACGGUGUCACCUCACUAGACGGAUCGGGUACGCAGGUGUUGUUGGAGAUUGUCAGCGGGUAUAGAGAGCGUGGUGUCAGAGUGUUCUUCAGUCGCGGCCCUACGAACCCGCGUCAUCACAUCUGGAGACUCUUGAGACAGGCAGGCAUCAUAGAUCUGGUCGGUGGAGAGUCACACUUCGUGACGGAUGUCCAGGAAGCCUUGAAGCUGACCGAGUACGAGACUAGCAUCAGCGAAGUUGCGAAUGCUUAAGACAAAAGAGGCGCAAGUCAGUCAAUCCUUAUCGUCAAGUGCGCGGGGUUGGUUUGUACGUAUGGUAGAAUGCGGUUUUGUUUUUGGUUAUCAGCAUUUUGGAGCGAGAAAAGGCGUCCCGACUUUCAGUUCUUGCAGGAUAUCUGUUCGUCUUACGAAGCGUACUUUAUGCUUAAUGGUUCGCAACGACUACGUUAUGGAUAUGUUUAUAGAAAUUUUAUACAAAAAGCG